AGUGUGACUGUCAAAUCUACAUAUUCUCCCUCUUCUUCUUCCUGCCUGCCUUAGUCUCUCUCUAGAAAUCAUAAUUUUUCAGGCGGUCUCAAAUCUGGAGAUUCAAUCGCCGUUAUUUACGGUUGGUCGAGAAUCCUUGGUCUUCGAUUCGAUGUCUGGGUUCAAAGUAAUGUUUCCAGAUUUGUAAAAAAAGGCGGGGGGGGCAGGCCUCUAUUUUCUUUUUAAUUUUUGAUCUUGGAACUGUGGAUAUGGAUGGUGACCCAUUCUCAGUAGCAGCAGCUCUUGCUAAUGGUAAUGGUAAUGGUGGUGUACAAAUGGAUGGAAAAGUGUUUCAGACAUUUCAGAAGAGCUUUGUCCAAGUUCAGAACAUUCUGGACCAUAACAGAAUAUUGAUCAAUGAGAUUAACCAGAAUCAUGAGUCCAAAAUCCCAGACAACCUUAGCAGAAACGUGGGACUAAUCAAAGAACUGAACAACAACAUUAGGAGGGUAGUUGGACUCUAUGGUGAUCUCUCUAAUUCUUUCUCAAAGUCCAUGGAAGCUGCUUCCUCUGAAGGAGGAGAUUCAACUGGUGGUGCCCUAAAUCUCAAUAUCAAGUCUAAUGCCAGAACUGGGACCAAAAGAAAUAGGCCCCCUGCUUAGGCUAGCUAAUUAAAUCCCCCUACCCACACCCACAGAUCAUUUAUAUAUAAAAACAAAUUGUUGAUUUUAAUGACCUUCAUCUCCUCUUAUGUCUGGUAUGUAACAAUGCAUAAAUUAUAUUGAGUUUAUCUGAUGUGGGUAUAAUUUCUUGAUUCUCAAAAAAAUCUGUUGUUGAUGAU